AUGUUGCAGCGUAUGGACGAGGGUGACUUCGCUCUUGCGAUUGUGUCGGAACCCUAUGUGGUUCAUCGUGACCAUCCACACUGGUGGGGAAAUGACGAGGGGACCGUUGCGGUGGUCUGGAGGAGAUCCAGCUCCCCUUUCCCUUGUGUUCCUGUGGGAAAGGGUAGGAACUUUGCGAUAGUGAAAUGGGGCGAUGUCACGGUUAUCGGGGUGUAUAUCUCGCCGACCAAUGGUCUCGAUGACUUCGAGCAGAUGAUGGGGGAGAUCGAGCGUUACGUUCUCCCUUCUCUUGAGGGCCCGUUGCUCCUGGCCGGUGAUUUUAACGCUAAGGCCCGGCUGUGGGAGUCUCCGGUUACGGAGUCGAAGGGUACAUUUCUGGCUGAGUGGGCCUCGGCCCUUGGCCUAAUUUCUUUGAACCGUGGGAGCACUUUUACUUGCUCUAGGGUUCAGGGGGAAUCCAUCGUGGAUAUCUCUUUCGCGAGCGUCGCCUUGGAGCGCAGAGUAGCCGAUUGCAGGGUUUCCCUAGUUUAUAGUGCUUCGGACCAUCGAUAUAUAGAACUCCAGAUUGGUUAUUCCGAGGCCCAGAGGGUAAGAUGGGGGACACCUCACGCUAAGAGAUGGUCUGUCAGGAGGUUCGUUCGUGAUGACAUGCAGGCUGCCAUUUCUGUGGCCUUUUGGCCCAGCUGGGGAACACCCGGGGAAUGGGACCUUGACGCUGCGGUGAUGAAGUUGCAGCAGACGAUGGGCUUAUGCGCCGAUGUGGCCAUGCCUAGGGUCUCCCCGCGCCCUAGGAGAGCGGUUCCGUGGUGGAGCGAAGAGCUCUCUCGUUUGAGGAGGAAGUGCACUUUCGCCAGGAGGCAGUUGAAGAGAUCGAAUAGACGCUCUAGUCAGGAUGACUAG